UUUUUUUCUUUUUUUUUUCUUUUUUCUUUUUUCUUUUUGUAUCCGUUUGUUUGUUUGAUUUUGCUUCACAAAGCAUCAACAAAAUGGACGUCUCGUUGCCAUUGUCUGCAGGCGCCCCGACCCAGCCGGCGACGCUCAGCUCGGGGUUUUCCUACAGCAGCGCCAAUAGUGGCGGCGGCAGCGGCAGCACCAGCGGCCUUGGCGGUGGGGUUGGCGGGAUUGGUCGGGCGUCAGCGGCUGUGGCGGCAAUGCCCCUGUCCUCGUCGACGCACAGUGCGGCCGACUGCGUUGCGCUGGCCCGCGACCUUGCGAAUGACUUUCUACGUCCGCCAGCUGCUGGUGCUGCGGCGGGCACGGCGGUGGACUGGUCGCCGUCGUCGUCCAACGCCCAGCUGCUCCAGUCGCUGGCCGGAUCGCCGUACUACAUGCAGACCACCUACGCUGGCUCGGGCGCCCCGGCUGCAGCUGCAACGCACGCCAACGUCCAUCCCAAUGGCUCCCUGUCGCUCUCUGCCUUCCUGCGGUUCUGGGACGCUGCCUCGCUCACGUCGUCGUCCUCGUCUUCCUCUUUGAAUUCGGGCUCUGGGUCGUCGUCGUCGUCCGAUGGCCAGGCCGCUCUGGGUUCGCUGUCUGUGGGAUUUGUAACGAGCUAUCUUGUAUGCUUGGUGGCAAAGCUACUUUCGCUGGACAUGCCGGCCGACAUUCGUCUGUCACUUCCCGAGAUGGUGGACAUGAUUCUCUCGCAAAAGCCGCUGCCCGACGAACAAGGCGCAGAUGCACCAAAGGCUGCCUUUCAAACCACAAUGAUGCAGGAUAGCCACUCGACCAAAGCCAUCGACGAGUUUCGCCUGUCGCUCAUCAACACAAUCUACUUUAUUGCCAUGUUCUGCAACUACGACACCAAGUCAAAUCCCCUUCGUGCGUCCUUUCAGCGCUGGACAUCCCGCCGUGGGCAUGCCAAGGCAUCCGGCAAAACCGAAUUCGAGUCGCAAGUGUUCAAGCUGCUGAUGGCCUCUGGUCUGUGGGAGUCCGAGGAAGCUCUGGGCGAACUGAUCAACAUCUGCUCGAACGUCGUGCCCACGACACAGGCUCCUGUAGCUGCACUCUCUGCAAGUGCCACCUCGCUGUCGUCAGGCUCGUCUGCACACGGUCAAAACACCACCAGCGGGCGCCGGACGCCUUCGGUUUUCACGAAUUUCGCCUUCACGGGCGCCGUCCAGCACCACCCGGCACUGAGCGAUCCGAAGCAGCUUGGUCUCAGUGUCAUGCAUGGCUACCUCAAACGCCGACUGAUGCAAGGCCAAAUGACGUCGUUCUGCCUGCGCCAUCUGCUGUGGCGCCUUGAACGGACAUAUGCAGAGCCUGAACGCGCCGAAGUGCAUCUCCUUCCGCUCCUGACUCUUUUCCGCGAACUGAUUUCAGUGUCCCCGUAUGUCGAGCCCGAAAUUUUAACCUCGGCCUACAGCGUCAUUCAUCCUUUCUACAUGUGGCCCAAGCCCUUCUCGGACUACGCCAAACGCUGCCUCGAUUUUGUGCAGCGCGAAAUUCGCUCCCCUGGCCAUCAAGUGCGACAGCAACUGCAACGUGACAAUCAAGAAUUUCUAUUUGAAGGCGAAGUAGAUGCUUUCGAUGCUCAUGCACAAUGCCAUGUCUUGGUCGAUAUGCAGUGCGCUCGCGCAGCCAACUUUGUGGAAAUGCUCAACUGGCGACCAUCCUACUCGUCCAGUGACUUGAAACGCAUGCUCGUGCUGCGCACGUACCAGUCGUUUUUCGGGACUACGUGCGACCUUGCGUCUCUGCGAGGUGCUCUCGACUGCAUUGAAACGGAUGCACUGGACUCUGCGUUUGUCCAGACCAUGCAAGCGAUGGACGAUGCCCUUCAUUUGGAAGAAGACGAGGCCAAUUUGCACACGACGGAUCUCCUGAACGACAUUCAAAGCUCCAUCCUGUCGCAGGCAGCGGAUGUGGGCUUUGCCCCUGUCGUCCCACCGAGCCCGACGCAGCAGGCGGGUCCCACAGAUACCUCGAGUCUGUUGCUCAUGAGCCCUCCACCAAUGCGCUUCGCGUGCUAUCCCUUCACCUCCGAGACAGUGUGCGUCGGCGCGCAAGACCCGUGCUUCCCGCUGUCGAACAUGCCCCUUGCGUCGUCGUUCCAGGCGCUCUUUGCCAUUGUCGACCGCGUUUCCAAAGAUUCGCUUUUGAAUACGACGUUGGACGAUCAGAAAAGGCGAAUCGCCCGCGUUGCGAUUGCUGGAACCGACGCCUCGAUUUCCAACGUCACGCGGGCCUAUGUCGCCUUGCGGCACGCCAAGCCCGAUUUGAUGGCCAAGCUCGCCGUGCAGUUUUUCAUUGUGCCGCUCGGAGACACUCGCGAGACUGACACCCACUUUGCCCGUGCGCUCGCGCAUGCUGACGGCUGGUAUGAGCGCUACGUUUACGUGCUCACACACGCCGCUCUAAGAGUCUUUCCCACGCUGCGCCCCUCGGCGCACGGCAUGUACUACUGUGGAAACGGCUACUAUGGCGUCGCGGACAAUGUGCCGAUCAGCACCGCUCCGUCGUCGUGGGCGAAUCUGAACACCAUGUUCGCUGCCAACCCGAACGCGACGAUCGGCUUGCCGAGCCUGCUCCAAUUGGACUCUGCGUCGCCGUCGUGGCUUCUCCGUGACGCCCUCGAGACCUAUGUUCGCGAGGGGCAAGCAGCCCUCGACGUGCACCUGUUCGUGGCCGACGUUUGGAUGCUUCAAACCUCCGAAGGCAAGGACAAGGUGGUCAAUCGCUCCAUUCCGUUCUUUCAACGCGUCGAGUUGGGCUCGUCUGUAUUUAUGCGUGAAUCCAUGCAGUCCAUCAGCACUGCAUCGACCUCGUCCACCUCUUUUGCUUCAGGCUCCAGCUCGACCAGCUCUGCGGCAGAGCUCCGCUCGAGCUUGGCUCUGGGAGCCUUGUCUGACAGCUUGCCACCUCUGGGCAGCAACGUCGGCACCGGCACCCUCUCGCGCCAGCCUUCCCGCUCGGUCAAGUUUGCGCCGCCAGAAGUGUCGUGCAAGAUUUCUGAAAUCUCGCUCGAAGGUGUCGUUGCUCAGGCGCGGGCUCUUCCCACGCGCGCGUACUGGUCGAUUGUCGUCUCGAACGUACCCCGUGCAGGCGAUCGCUGCAGCACUCCCAAUCCGCGAACCGGUGCACUUGAAGUGAUGCUCGUGGAUGCUGACGUUGGCAAGAAGCUCUUCAAGAAGGGCACGACUUCAACGAGCUCUAUCAAACUUGAAGGUUUGGCGCUUCAUGCCGCAAUGCUCGAGUUGGAGGCCAAGCAAAGCCGCGCAUUCACGCUGCAAAUUGACGACCAGCUCUUGCAGAACGUUACCCGUGUGCGGAUUUCGCAAUGCAACGAGCCCACCUGGGUCGAUCCGAGUGCACCAGCUCCCGCUGACUCGGCCUUUGGCGAUGGCAACCCCUCCGUGCCAUCCGAGUCUGACAUUGUCCUGCCUGUCAUGACCUUUGCGACGUUCGAAGUUUGAACCGCUCGUCGAAAUGAGCACUGUUGCAACAGAAAUUCUUGUCAAUGAAUCGAUUGUUUUGAUUUUAAAAAAUUACAGCAAGGCACACACACACA